AAGAAAGCUGGUCUUUUCGACGACUUGAACGCUCCAGCAGCUCCGGCCGAACCUGAAGAGAAAAAGCCUACACCGCAACCUGAAACACCUGAACCAGUGAUUAAGACACCUCAAGUGAAGAACCAAAAGAUUGAGGACGAUGCAUAUCAAACUAUCACCGAAAUGCGAACAGAUGCUGAACUUAUCGUCUCCAAUGCGUUGACGUACAACAAUCCUAACACGGUAUACCAUCUAGCCGCUACGCGUUUAUCGGCAAUACUGAAAUACUACUUCUCUGAGCAGUAUCUUCGCUAUAUUUUCCAUACAUUACCUUUCGCUAAUCAGAUACCAGUGGAAAAGGCAGGCCUUGUACCGCUGGCUGUUACAACUCACAAACCAGAAAAUCGUCGUCGACAAGCAUUGGUCGACGACAUGACUGCUGAAGACUGUUUGAGAGCCGCUGAUCCGGCUGUCCGAUCCAGGCUUUCAAAUCGCUUACCCAAUGCAAAGCUGGCUUUCCUCGAUAACAAGGAUGGUGCCACGGUAUUGAAUGUCAUUGGUGAGACGGAGAAGAAAGGUAUCAAACUUGGGGAUAUUGUUGGACCAUUGGAGGAAGGAACGCCUGGAAUGCUCAGCUUAGGGGAUCAU